AGUCAGUCUACCACCGCAACCUUGUAAGGAUGACUUUAAAAAAAAAAAAGGAGGCGGCCCCUAGCCCGUCACGUGCUGCAGGUGCCCCGCAACUUGCCAGCCUCCUCGCCCAGUUCAGUCUGGUGGACCCUUGGGCGAGCAAGCGCGGCGGCGCCAAGGGCUACACGCAUCCGGCCACACCCAAGCCGGCCACUCCCGCACGCCUGGAUCGGUGGUAUGUCAGUGCCACCGCGGCGCCGUGGGUGGUGGAUGUCGCUCGCACGUACGGGGCGCCUGGGGACCACAACGGUGUGCUGCUCACCCUGUCCUUGCCCGACCUGCCACAUGCGCACCGGGAGCAGUGGCGCUUCCCCACCUACCUGCUGUUUCACCCCUCGCUGCGUUUGGAGCUCAAGCAGCGCUUGGAGGCGCACGUUGCCGCAAAUCCCGUGGCCAGUACAGGUGACGGCGCUUGCACGCAAUGGGAGGCGGACAAGUUCUUCUUGCGGGAGGCCGCCACCAGCAUCCACCGUCGGCAUGCACGCCAGACCCGGGACGGGCUGCAUGGGGUGGUGCUGGCCGCAGACGCGGCCGCUGCCCUGGCCGACCGGCCGGGUGCCAGCGCCGCGCAGCGUCAGGCUGCGGCCAUGGCCAACUUGGCGGUGCGGGAGGAGCGGGCAGCUGCCGCAGCGGCCAGCCACAAUGCCCGCGCUGCACUGAUGGAGGAGCAUGGGGAGCGGGGCACUCGCUGGUUCCAUCGGCAGGCUGACGAGCCAGCAGCCGGCGCGCAGGAGCGCAUCACGCACUUGAAGGUGCCGGGGCAACCGGCGCCUGUGGCGCUCACGGGGCCGGGCACGCGCAACACUGUCUCCGCAGCCGCCGCAGCCAUGUACAGCAGCACCAGCCCCACCGGCCUGUUCCGCGUGCAGCCUGUCUGUACGGUGUCGCAGCAACAGCUUCUGGAGGCCAUUGACCGCAAGGUUCCGGCGGAUCUGCAGGCCGCCGCAGAGGGGUCCGGUGACGGCGCCCUCAGUGAUGCGGAGCUGAUGGCAGCGCUGGCUGGCUCCGCCAAUGGUAAAGCGCCUGGGUCGGACGGGGUCCCGUACGAGGUGUACAAGGUUUUCUGGGCGCUGCUGGGUCCGCGCUUGUGUGCUGCUGCUGCCGCUGCCUUUGCUGCCGCUGCAGACGCCCACGAUGGCGGUGAAAUGGCGGCGGCGCUGCCCGCCUCCUGGCGGGAGGGCAUCAUCACCCUCAUCUACAAGGGCAAAAGCCUGGACCGCGCCGAGCUGGCGUCCUACCGGCCCAUCACGCUGCUCAACUGCGACUUCAAGAUGGUGUCCAAGGCCGUCAGCGCCCGCCUGCAGCCCGCCCUGGAUGCAGUUGUGGAUGAGCUGCAGACCGCGUUCAUCACCGGCCGCUGGAUUGGAGACAAUGCGCUGUACCUCCAAGGCCUGAUCGAAUGGAUGCGCCUGGACGUGGGCGCGGACGGCACGCCACGGCAGGGUGGUGCGCUGUACUUCUUGGACAUUGAAAAGGCGUAUGACCGGGUGCACCGACAGUGGCUGUAUGCGUCCGCGGAGGGACUGGGGUUUGGGCCGCGCAUGCUACGCUGGAUCCGCCUGCUCACUGCCAACGGCUCUGCCCGCGUGUGUGUGAACGGGAUGCUCUCUGACGCCUUCCCAGUGCUGAACGGCUUGCCGCAGGGCAGCACCGCCUCACCACCCCUGCGCCACCUGCUGCCCACCACGCUGACGACACGACCCUCACGGCGCGCGACCCGGCGGUGGACGGGCCGGUCCUGAUGGCGGCAGUACAGCUGUUCUGCCGCGCGUCCAACGCCCGUGUCCAUCCGGACAAGAGCAAGGCCAUGGGCCUUGGCAGGUUUGCGCACCUGACGGGCCCUUGCCCA